AUGACAGCACGUGAAUUAUUUACCAUGAAUCACAAGAAAUUGUUGGAAGAUGCAGAGAUUUCUAUAAAAGGGACGGCCACUUCUUGUACAGUUGUAGGCGCUUUGAUUGUUACAAUGAUGUUUGCUGCAGCAUUUACAGUUCCCGGUGGAAAUGAUGGUAACACAGGCUUUCCCUUGUUUCUAAAUCACAAGUUAUUCAAGGUUUAUAUGGUCUCAGAUACCAUAUCACUUGUUUCUUCCACAAGUUCAGUGAUUACAUUUUUAGGAAUACUCACCUCACGUUAUGCAGAAAAUGAUUUCCUCAAAUCUUUACCGACAAAGAUAAUGAUCGGCCUAAUCACCCUUUUUUCCUCUAUUGUUAGUAUGGUGAUAGCGUUUUCUUGUGCGUUUAUCCUUAUGUUUGACGGAGAAGCCUGGAUUGUUAUGCUAAGUAUUUUGCUUACUAGUGUUCCGGUAAUAUUAUUUGUAUGGUUGUUGUUCCCUCUCCUUAUCAAGACUUUCAUGUCUACUUACGGACCUGGAAUAGUUGACAAAAAAAAGAUUAAACGAGUUAAAUCAUGA